UUGCAAUUCGAAGAUAGCGCUAAAAGUGAAGAUUAAUUCGGACGUUAGCGACAAGAAUCACAAGAUGCCUCCAACUAGUGAAAGCGGCGAUUUUUACGCCGGAUCUCGUUUGCUGACGCCUCUUUCAGCAACAACAGGAUUGUCCAUAGAUCAGGUCAAUUUCUUGGUUUGCCAACUAACAGCGCUAGCUCUCGGUUUUCCUUUCCGCUCCCUGUGCAGUGCAUCUAAGGCGGGAUCGACAACUCGUCAUGUGGUGGAAUUGGGUCUUGGAAUCCUUCUUGUAUUCUUCUGCUUUGGAUACCAAAUUGUCCACUUGUUUGCGCUGACAACUCUGUGCUACUUGCUUAUACAAGUGAAUUCUAAGCCUUAUGUACCACAGAUAGUAUUCAUCGUAGCUAUGGGGUACCUGGCUGUGUGUCACAUUUACCGGAUGAUUCUCGACUAUGGUGGUUACACCCUUGACAUCACUGGGCCCCUGAUGGUAGCUGUUCAGAAAGUCACGUCGGUGUCCUAUGCCUUGUACGACGGCACGCAGCAAAACGAAAAAGACCUUACUCCAAACAUGAAAAGCAAGGCUAUCAAAAAGACUCCAGAUGCCCUGUCCUUCUACAGUUUUAUAUUCAGCUUUCACUCAGUCAUGUGUGGCCCUACCAUCUUCUACCACGACUAUGUCGCCUUUGUGGACGGAACUUGUUACUCCAAACCACCGGACAACGGAAACGCUGACCAAGUGCCCUCUCCUGUGGCGGAGAUGUGUAAGAAGCUGGUUUUUGCUGUGAUACUUGGCGCCUUGAUGAUGUGUGAAAAUCUUGUGGCCCCUUGGCAGGCCCUUACAGGUGACAGUUUUCUGCAUGAGAGCUCAUGGGGUUACAGAAUGAUCUACAUUUUGAUCAGCAUGUCCAUGCACCGGCCCAUGUACUACUUUGCUUGGAAACUUGCUGAAGCAGUAAACAACUCCUGCGGUCUAGGCUUCAGUGGGUACGAUGAGGCUGGCAACUCUAAAUGGAAUCUCCUUGAUAACGUGGACAUAUGGAACCUCGAGACGAGCACAAGUCUUAAAGUGAACAUCGAGAGUUGGAACAUCUUAACCACACACUGGCUACGUCACACGGUGUAUGAGCGAUUCAGUCCGUCCAUCGGCACUUGGGCCGUGUUCAUGAUCAGCGCUUUCUGGCACGGGUUUUAUCCAGGAUAUUACAUCGCAUUCCUAACUGCUGCGCUGUUUACGACAGCUGCUAGGCUGGUGAGAAGGAAUGUUCGAGGUUAUUUUCAGCAGUCAGCUCAGUUACGGUUCUUCUAUGACGCUGUGACAUUCAUAUUUACGCGGUUGGCUAACUGUAUAAUGGUAGUCCCAUUUGUCAUGCUGGAUAUAGAACAUAGUCUUCUCAUAUACACGUCGCUGUUCUGGUGGCUUCACAUCUUAUCGGCAGGCGUCAUUGUGUAUUUCAACUUCAUUCAGCCGAUAGUCCGGCCAGCUCGCAAAGACAGGGAGGCAAAAAAGGAAUAAUAACAGAUCUGAAUUCACUGUUUUUGAAACUGUUUAAUUCUUGUUUAGUGUUAUGUCUGCUUUAGCAAAACCAAAUUACUGUUCGUUUUUUUGUUGCUGUUUUUAAUUGUAUUUAUUGCAAGUUUUUUCAAAGAAAAAAAAAUACAUUAAAGUCCUGUUGAAAGAUCUGAGGAUUAUGGUCUUAAAUAUAUUUAAAUAUGGUAUUAAAAAAUGUUACAAUUUUUGGUUGGAAAUUAUGUGUACCUUAAUAAUAAUAGGUAAUUUCUGCAAUAUUAUUUUUGUGAAAAAUAAUGAAAUCAUUUUAUGGGCUCAAUAAGUUGCAAUUUUUUUCUGCAAUUUGCUACAUAUACAAAAAAAGUCACGUAUUAUACUUAAAUUGAAUAAGAUGUUGUACAAUAUACAUAAGGUAAGGGUAACACCUGAGCUCAGUUGGAAUUUUAUGUAAGAUAUGGUUGUACAAUGUCAGUACCAACAAAAAUAAUCUUAUUCUGUUUCAAAUAUCAUAAGUUUACUUUCUUUUUUUCAUUUGGAUUUUUUUUAGUGCAAAGUUGUCAGGUUUCUCUUUGUGAAGAAUGUCAGGGAAUUGCUGUAGCCUGGUGGCAAGGAACAUUCUUUUUGUGCAUCAAAUCUCUCAACUAGAAAAAGUACCAAAAUUUACCCGAAGAAGAAAAGGGAGAUAAUCAUGUCUGAUUCCUGUUUUUCCUAAGAAAGAUAAUAACUGUAAUUUCAGUUACCUCAGAGGUUAUAAUUAUUUCCCUUGGUACAUUUGGGCUUCCCUUGUUAUCUUAUUACUAAGAUAAAGUGGAUGAAAGCCAUAAAUCCAUAUUAUGCGCCUCGGCAGUCAAGAAUUUUUAUCCCCUCUUGUGAAUGAUCAUCAUACAUUGGGCCAAUUGUUCAAAACUUUGUAAAAAUUAACAAUGUUGUUAACAGAAUAGUUGUUAGCUUUUAAAUAUAAAAAACACUGUAUGAUGUGUUGAUAUAUUAAGUAAAACAAUCAUAGCUGAAUCAUUUGUCUCAAUAUUUGCGAAAAGAAGAUCACUGUUUCACAUGCGUGUCAAAAAUAUUAAAUAUUUGAAAGUUAACAACAAUUAUAUGUUAUAUGUUAACUGUACAAAUCUUGUGAUUGCCUUACAAUCGAGAGGUUUUGAAACAUGACGUGUACUUGUACAUGUAGCUACAUGGAGAUGUGUUAAAGUUGCAAUUUAAUAGAAAAGGCGAAUGCAAUAUUUUGUUUAAAACUUGUACAUGUAUGCUCACUGAUACUCCCAUAAAUCACUUCCUUGUGCUACCUGACGUGUCAUUGUCAAGAUUUACAUAGCUGGAUGUCUUAGUGAUAAAAAAAUAGCCCACAUGGACACAUUCCCGUUGUGUUUACAGCCUCUCUGAUAUUUUAAGUUAGUACAUUUUAUGUCUCAUUAAAUAUAUGCUACAAUGUCUCACGCAUGUGCUUUGUCAGUGACUUGUGUGCUAAUUUAGUUUAGAUAUGGUAGGAUAACACAAAUAUUGAUGUGGACAGUAAAUAUUGGUACAUACCCUUAUGUGUGGUUUUUGUGUAGUGCAAUUAACUCAUAGUGGUACAGUUAAUAUAUUAUAAAUUCUGUAGCAAAAGUGUCUGUAUAAGUUGUUGAACUUUUUUUACUUUACAGUUAAAGCUGCACUCUCACAGAUUGAAGGUUUUGACAACUGUUUUAUUUCUUGUCUUGGAAUGAGCCAAUUUUUGCGACAAUCCAUGGAAACAAGUUAUAUAAGACUGCUGUCAAAAAAUUAGAUCGCAGAUUUUUAUAUUUAAGUUUAAAAAUUUAUGUUUUAUGCAUUAUUCUUAAACCGUUAGUAAUGGUUAAAGCCAUAAAACAUUAAUUUUCGAAUGGUAAUAUGAAAAUCUACGAUCUGAUUUUUCGUCAGUGUAAAUAUUCUUGGUAUGGCUUCCCUUCCCCGACACCACCUUCCCUGGUGGAACAAAGCAUUAAGUGUACCAUUUUUUUGUCACAUAACUAGCUUAUUUGAUUAGAUCAAAUUUACCUUUCAACUCAUUGUACAUAUACUUUAAUUUGAAUAUGUCAAGAACAAAUCUCAAGUUUUCACUGCUAUUUAUUCUAUUUUUAGCCGAUUGUUUAUUGACAAAAAAGUCUAGUAACUUUCAUAGCCUGGGGGGGCACCCCGGGGGCGGCAUCAUUGUGCAUGUUUUAGGUCAUAACUAUAAAAGCUGAUCAAGAUAUUGGAAUGAAACUUCACUACACAUGUUGGCAGAGACAAUAUGCAUGUCUACAGCAAGUCACAUAACUUGAGCUUUAUUAAUUGUCAAGUAAUGCCCAAUUAUUGUUGUUUGAAAAAAGCCAUGUUAAAGUUUGAACUUGGCCAUAGCUUUAUAACCAUUUAAAAUUUUAAAGCAACUGUGCACCAGAUGAUCAAUUUGCAAGAAAAAAAGAAUAUUGUUGAAAACUGUCAUAAACUUGGUAUUAAUGUGUACAAUGCAUUGAAACUUACUAACUGAAGUACCACAUAGUUAACAAUUUAUUUAAGUUUAGCAGUUAUUUCGUAUUUUUUCAUUAAAAAAGAUUACUGGGUAUGUCUACCUAGUAGAAUUCAUUCCUUAUGCGUGAUUGGCUUGUCUGUGUUAUCACAUGAUAUUACCGAGUUAGGUGUAUAGCUUAAUUAUGUCACCCGAUUAUAGUUAAUCAUCGUAGCUCAGUGGAUACAAUGCUGGACUGCAAUUUUGGCGACGCGGGUUCGAACCCGGUCUCCGACACAAUUUUUUUUUACAUUUUGGUACUCUUUUUUUUUACAAUUAUGAUAUCAAAGCGUAACACAUUUUAUUAAAUAAUUGUCCUGAGAUUCAUUACAGAAAAAACUUUUUGGUGCCAAUCUGGUGUACAGUCCCUUUAACAUAAAACUUGUGACAAAUCUUACCAGUUACAAAAUGCACAUGUGUAGCAAGACCUGUUACUCUGGUAAUAGAUAGAUUGAAAAAGUCAUGCAAUAACUUGAACUUGGCCAUAACCAUUUAAGAUAUACUCAUGAAACUUUGUACACAUGUUACUAGUGGCAAAAUACACAUGUGUAGCGAGGCCCAUAACCUUGGCUUUGAUAAUUUUUAAGUAUGCACCUUGAUACUUUGGCCAUAUAAUAACAUUCAAGAUAUUCUCAUGAAACAUUGUAUAUAUAUAUAUUACUAGUGAUAAUGAGUACCUGUGUAGCAAGACCCAUAACUCUUGUUUUAACAAGUAUGCCCCUUAUUGGCUAAAAAGAAGGACAAGUGUUGGCGUUCGCUCUAUAGCAUUAUAUUUUUAAUUUAAAUAUCUUAAGUUUUAAUGGUUGUAGCCUGUAGGAUAUUACACAUUUUAAUCUCAUGUAUAUACACAUUAAUGUACCAUGUUGUUUUCUUGUAAAGAUGAGAAUGUACAUUGCAGUUCAUGCCAUAUUGUAUUAUAUUCAACUUAAAAGCAAUUCUAUUAAAUUUGCCAAAAAGUUUAGAUAUAUUUUGCACCAUAUAGGGAACUGUUUUCUUUGGGGGGGUUUUGUCAUUAAUUAAUUUCUUAUUCAGACUGGUAAACAGUAGGCAGAGCUCUUAUAAAGUGCAAUAAGUAGCAUAAAGAAUGAUAUUCAAGUAUAUGAAUAGAUAUGCACACAACUUUGUUAACUCUGUCCCUGUCAAUAUAUUACAAAACAGUUACAACACCCACUAUCUAUGUGAUUUAAAUUAUACAAUUCACACUUAAUAUUUGUGUAUAAUUUCAAUGCCUCUGGUAGUCAGUGCGGUAACUAAUACUCGAAAAAAACAUAUAGACACUUUCCUCACUACAUUCCAUGUCUGUAAUGCUUCUUUUCAACCAUUAUCUGUAUAUUUUGUUGUUGUCUUGUACUGUAGCUUUACUGGUGUUUGCUUAAUUGUCUGCAUUGAUUAUUUAACGAACAUACCUUGUAUAACACAAUAUGGUAGGAAUACAACGAUAAUCAAGUAUUGUCGAAAAUUUAUGAUUAAGAUUGGCAAAAAUCGAUUGCAUAAUCUGGCAAUUAAUAAAUGCUAUGUGGCUGGAUUAUCAGCCAAUGAGUAAGAUGACCUGAAUUAAAAUCUUAAUUAGUAAGAAGGGUUAAUUAGCUCACUCACUCGGCACAUUCAUUAUGACUUAAUUUAUCAUUAAGCAUUUUACUUCUUGCCAUCCAUCUAUUACUUACUAAAUACAUGAAAUCAAGAAUGAACAAACAUACACCGAACAAUAACAUAUCAGCUACCAUGUCAUUAAGUAAAUGAGAAUACAUAUAGCUAUCAUAUAAAUUCCAUUAUAUUAAGAACUUAAAUCACAUGUCCUGAAUUUUAUAAUGAAUCUAUAUAUUGAUACCUUGCUCCUUUUAAGGAGGUGUUAUUACUUUCAUUUAAAAAUGGCAGUGGCAUCAUUAUAUAUUCAUAACAACAAUUGUUAAUCAGUUUUCAACUUUAUUUUAUGCCAAAGCUGGAAUCAUUUGGUUUCAUUGCAGACGUCAUGGAAAACUUUCUUAUACCAGACCGAAAUAUCAUAUCCCAUAAUUUUCAAUUGCGUGUAUAGUAAAUUUGACAAAAAAUUACCAUUCCCACUCAAAUUCUAGCUGGUGGGUUAGACUUGUUAUUGACAAGAAUUUGAAUAUUUGCAUAAUGGAACAUUUAAGAUUUCGACCCAAGCCAAGCCGUAGAAUUUCAAAAGAAUAAAUUUUGAUUCAAAUAUUUUGCAAUGCAUAAUGUAUUUUUAAUGACUUGUCACAUAUUUUAAGCUCAUCAAAUUCAUAGCAAUCAAUCUCAUUAUGCAUAUAAAUAUUGCCUGGGCAACAUAUGGUAGUAGUUUGAUAGUUCAUUAUUUAUUGCCAUGGAAAACAAAGGAUAUGCGUAAUAGUGGCAGGAUGUUUUUCAAACAUUGCCAUGACUAUAGAUCAAAUAUUUGAACAAAUAAAUUCUUUAAUUAAAAUUGAUGUUGAUUCAGGUCUUUGCAUAUGUUGUUAUUGCUGUGAACAUCUUUAAUAGUUUAUUGCAACAAAUAAUGUUCAGAUGAGAUGAGUUGAGUUGUUGUAUAAUAAACGAUCUUUAAGAUAUACAUAUAUCUUGAAUGUAUAUGUAAUCUGUGAGUUCUACUUAAGGUUGUCAUUGUAAAUACAUAUGUUAAGGUAGUUUUCAUUUUCAAACUUUUGUGCUGUUUUUUUUAACCUUAUGAACUGGACAGACACCCAUUACUUUUGUUCAGCUCUUGAUUUUUUCUCACCUAUACCAAUUUUUGUACUAUCAAAUGCUGAAUGAAAUCAAUUUUUCUGAUGAUUUUCUUAAAACAUUCUUUUCUUGGUAUUUAUAGCUCAUCUGAUUUUAGCUUGUCUAUUUUUGAAGAAAAUAAGAUGUGGUAUUUUGAUAGCCUUGGUGUUGUUGUUGGGGGCAACAGCAGUGGUGAUGUCAUCAGUGAGUAAUUUUUGUUUAACCUUGGUCUUAACCCCUAAACAGUUUAAGAUGUAAACAUGAAACUUAGUACACAUCAAAUGCAAAUGUGUAGCAAUGACAAUUUUUCUGGCUAUAAUAAUUGAUGAGUUAUGUCCCUUUUGGACUGAAUAAAAACGAAAGUUAAAAGUGUCUAGCAUCUGCAUUGGAGGCCUUUUGUUGGUGUUCAUAGCUUAAUUUUUUUAAAGAACCAAUCCUUAUAUUUACAUUUUCUCAUUACUGUAUUUUUGUGGUAAUAAUGAUUUUGGUUGUAAUAAUUUUCGCGAUUAUCAAAAAAAUGAUUGAGAUUUUUUUCAUAAUUCGUGUUUUGUAUAUGCAUGGCCCAGGUCUUUCUUACGAAACUCCGCCUACAGAGGUCACGAAAGGUCGACCGGUUCUUGCAGAAUGAACGCAAAUUUUAUGGUACAGAUUAUGAACUGCGAAUAUACACUGAACUGAUACUCUGAUAGUUGUUCUUUUGUUUGCUUAUAAUUGUAAAGAUACAUAGCAUUGCAUAUGCCUUGCACAUAGUCAUUUUGAGUUGUGUUUAAACCUGUAUAUUGUUUCUUUUAAUUUUGCAUUGAUGAUUGAACUUAACAAAUAAACUUAAAAAAAAG